GGAGCUUGUCCCUGGGGCUCAGUGUCUGGGGCCGCUGUGGCAGCCUCAGUGUUGGCUUCUAAUGCAGUUGUGGGCAAGGAUGGGACCCCCUCCCUUGUAAAGGGGGAGCACGAUGGGAGCUAUGCAUAGGAGGAGUGCUGGAGGCACCCUGAGCUGUUGGAGAGUGGGAAAACAGGCUGGUGGGGAUUCGCUGCUGCGUGUUCAUUGCCAGCUGGGAUCUCUGCCCACUUCAGCCCCCUGCCAGGCAGGGAAAGGGGAUUCAGAUUGUGCAGGUCGUUAGCUAAGGGGCAUAACUAAGUAUUAAGUCGCGCAAGGGGUCAGUGAGGACGGAUGUUAAAAUUCCUUACACCCAGUCACUCUAAAGCACUGGACAGAAAACUGCUGUUCUCUGUUGUCUCUUACUUGCUUUUAACACUAUUCCGGUGGGGGAGAUGCUAAGUAGCUGUUUCAGCAUUCUCUACGGAAGUUUAGUCUGUUGGAAACACACCAUUGCAAAGAUCUGUGUUUAUAGCAGGAAUGAUAAAUGAGAUUUUUUUUCCUUAUUAUGUAUUUCAUAUUUCAAUCCCAGCACUUCAGUAGUGUAUUUUAUUUGAAUUUAGCUUCUGCUAAUGAAUGGAGCUGUUUUUAUGCUGCUACCAAAUUGUUCUUCCUAAUUUUGAGCAAUACUGAGUUGUCUCUCUGUCCAUCUUGUUUGCUGAUGCGGAGAUGGUAUUCUUCUGUUGCCAUGUGUUUAUGCUGUAUUUUUUUGAGGCUUAAAUGAGUUGUGUUUUUCUUGAAUCAUGUAAUGUGGUGGUACUUGGCCAUACUGACUUGGCCGUAAGUGCUUCCUAAAUGCAACUUAGAGCAUACAAUUCAAGUUAAAAGUAAAAUUUUCCAUGUCUUUAUUGCACUUCUGAUGCAUCUGAAGUGGGAAAGCUGGAACUGGCCUGUUCUGUCAUGAUGUGUUUGAAGGAAAGCUGGGAAAGAAACAGAGUAGGAAGCAAAAAAUAAGGAAAUAUCUACCUCAGGAAGUAGAGAAGCAAAGAUAAUUGCAAGAAAUGGUAAGAAAGGAUGGCAGUACCAGGGUAGUGCUGCCUGUGCCAGUGGUAAUGACCUCCGUUUGUCUUGUAUAGUUGGUCUUGAGAAAUUGCAGGGAUGGUAUGCUUUGUACAUGUAGGAGAUAGUUUCUUGUGCUGUCCUGUAGUACUCCUCUCUGGAAGGAGACGUGAUACAUAAAAGAUCUAAUUUUUUUCUGCACCAUUCUCACUGCAGUGCCAAGCAGUACUAAGAUAUGUUAUAAUUUUGUUUUGUGAAAACACAUUAGAUGAUUAAUGUUUUAGGCAAACAAAUUUAAACCUUCUUUAUGUCUAUGUGUAUAUGGUAGCCUUUUGAAGACACAGCAGUAUCCACAGGUACAUGCAUCAGAAAUUGGAGUUUAGGAGUAGUUUGGUACAGAAAUUUCUGCAUAAUUUUUAAAUUAAUGCACAUUCCGUUAGACUGUGGAAUCAAGUUAUUUUAGUUAUUUUGUGUAAAAACAUUUUUUUGUCUUAACUUGGGAUUAAAUUAUUUUUAUGGGGUAUUGGGUUGAAAAUAGCUUUUGUUCCUCACAGAAGAUGAAUUCUUUUGAAAAAAUACAGACUGCUCUAAAAGAACUGUUGUAAUUUAGCAAGGUGACUGAGGAUCUUGCAAAUAUUUGAAUUAACUAGAAAUCUGAGUUAUAUUGUGUGCUUUACAACAGUCUCAGAACAGUAGCUUGGCAUUUGCAUAACUUCGCAUUUUAAAAUGUGAAUUUUAAUUUUUACAUCAUUCAGAUGUACAUUGCACACAUCUUAUAAAGAAACAGAUGCAGAGAGAUUUGUGUUUAGUUUAGAGUGGCAAAAGUUAGGUUACAAUCAAAGAGUACUUGGAGACGCUUGAUUUUAGUUAUUUCUGGAUAGUUUUCCCUUAAAAGGUUAUGAAUUUCUGAAGUCAUGUAAUACAGAGAAAUAUUUUUGUCUGAUGGAAGGGAUUCAAGCAGAAGAGUGUUGCAGGGCUGUAACAGUGUCUUUGGUUUGUUGUUGUUUUUUUUGUUUGUUGUGUGUCAGAAGGCUGAGACUGAAGAGGAAUUUGUUAAGAUUAGAAGGAGGGAUUUGGAAAGGCUGACAACUGAGGUUAUGCAAUUGCGGGAUUUCUUGCCCAAAAUACUGAAUGGGGACAUCCUGGGGACAUUCCAGAAACUGGAUGCUAUUGAAUCAAGUGAGUAGUGCCAUCUUACAAGCUAUCAUAGUUUCUCCCAGACCUACUUAGAACAAGCUGUUGUGCCCUUAUGAAUAAUUGUAGAGUUUGUGGAGGUAUUCCAGAUUAAACUAUGAUGUUCAAUGACUGUUUCACUAAAUUAAUAUGUUUGUAAUGAAGAAAAUUACAAACUCCAUUAGAAAUAAUUAGACAUGUCAAAUUAAUCUUUAAAAAUAUUUUACACUGGAUAAAAACGUGCUUAGUUCAGGCAGUAAGGGAAGCUGUAUCAAGAAAGAAGUAAUUCAUUUUUGAGAAAAGGCAAAAGCAUUCUGUUUGUCAAAAUGUCACUUCAGACGCACACCAAAAAAAACCUGUGGUAAAUGGCUGUGGAUAAAAAAGGAUGACGUGAUGUCAUUGUAGUUAACUUUUCUUGGUUUUUUAGCUUUUAUGCUUUUCGAGACGUAAAUAUACAUAAUAAUUAUUGCUAUAUUUGUCUUGUAUACAGGUCUUUUUACUGCUGUCUCCAAAGUGUUGUGAUUCUCUAUGCAUUACUUCUUCAGCAGUUGCACCACUCCCAACAUGCCAUUAGGAUUAAAUCUCGGUCAACUCCUUCCCUGGUCUGUUGUUUAAAAGCAGCAGGACAAUUCUCCUGUUCUCCUAGGAAUUGGUUUUGUCUGAAAAGAUGCGGGACAAGCACUGAGACGCAUUAUAGACAGUCUGUCUCUUCUAGACUUUCAAGUCAUUAAUUGAAAACUAAUUUGCAUCAGCUGUUUAAUAAAGAGUAAGAUAAGAGCCUCAAGGCCUCUCUCCAAUACCAGGUCUUAUACUGGGACAGAGCUUCCAGCUGCUUCAGCGGUCCACUCUUUGGAAAGAUUCUUCAAUUCCUAUCGGAGAUUGAGUGAGACUGUACCACCUCUCCUGCUGCCACUCAAGACAUCAUCUGUGUCACAAGCAGUGACACAGGGGCUGGAAGUGUUCUCUUUAUUCUGUUGGAGGGCAUCAAGGGCUGUUUCUAGUUGCAUUAGAUGUUCAAGACCUUUGACUAGUCAAGUGCUUGUUUUACCUACUCUAAUCAGUGCUCGGCCUUAAGAUUUCUCUUAAUGAUUCUUCUUAGGCUCUGUGUGCCAGGCAUCAAGGAGGCCUUACAGGGCCUUCCAGUAACAAGUUUGUGGCAUCAACGUGGGCUUUUUAAAGCAUUCCUUCAAGUGUUCUUCUUACUAGCCAGGUUGUUUGGAGGUGAACCUGAUGCCUUUUAAAUCUUGUUGAGUGUAUCCCCACAGUGGAGAUUUCUUUUGGAGUUAAUGAGAUCGUUUGACGUCUUUGUUCUGGCCCUUGCCAUUGUUUGCCCCUACAGCUGGGGUGGUGAUUUUUGCUAGUCCAGUCUGCUCGUAGCUCUGCAGCAUGCAGUAAGGCGCACCAAAAGGAGGCAUUUGGAGAAUACAGUUCAUGAAAGGUCAGACAUCACAGGGCCACAAGCAGUCUUCAGUUUCAGAAUGGUGAGCUCUAGGGCUGUUUACUGUACAGUCCCUUGGCAUAUGAAGCUUGUAAGAGUCCUGGUGGCUACUAGAGAUGUUUUUUCAUGUUGUUCUUACAGAACCUUUUCUUUUGUUUUCCCCAUUGCCCUGUGCUGCUUUUGAGCCUGCUGUCUCUCUCGGGGGCAAAUGCUACUUCUUCCCAGAGUUAAUUCACCACUGCAGGGGUAAAUUUAUAAAUUUCCUGUUUGGAUAAGGAUACAAUUUCAUGUUUCUUGCUCAUCCAAACUGGCAGUGAAAGCUGUUUCUUCACUUAGUGAAGCCAAGUCUGUAACCCUCAAGAUUUUAGUGUUAGGAGCGAAGAAUCUUUCCUACCGGGGUUGAGACUUGCAGCCAGUGGGAGAAUCUGUCAGGCUUUCCUUUGUGCUACUCAAGACCAUGGUUUGUCAGAGUCAGCAGCACAGUCUUCAGUGUCAGCAAAAUGUCUGCUGCUCAUUCUGCUGCUGUGUGUCAAGAGGUGGUCAAGAUGUUGGGACUGGUGCAUGCAACCUUGAAUUCUCUUCAGACAACCUUGAAUUCUCUUCAGACAACCUUGAAUUCUCUUCAGAGCAGAGGAGCGCACUGCUGUGAGAGCUGAUAGGACCUAGCAGGGAGUUUCCAGGAAUGAGGUUGAAAAGAACCGAAUGCUUGGAGAACAUGCCUUGGCACAUAUAUAUUUCCUAGGAGUGGACCCUUGCCUUGCCUCCAUGAUUUCUGUUUAAAAGUCUUGGUGUUGAUGGCUUAAAAUCAUGGAAGGGCUGGGUGGAAGUAUGUUCCACCUGUUUAAAAAAGCUGAUUCUGGCUAGUGAUGCAUAUGUAUUUGAGAUGAUAACAUUUUGUUAGUUAGGACCAAAAGAGAGGAAUUUAUUUCUGAAAAAAAUGUAGAAUUACCAAAUAAAAUGCCAGAAUCCAAUCUUGUUGGAUAAUAAGGGCUGUGUUUUAAAAUGAUGUUAUCUUUUGAUGGUUAAAUUUUAUAUACUCUUUGCUAAAUACAUGAAAAAAUAUUGAUCAGAAGUAUUUGAACUGUAUUAAGCCAUGUACCAUACUCUUAUGAUCAAGGGUAUGGCACUUGAAGUGGGACAUAGCUUGUUUUUUUAAGCUAAUGAAAAUUACAGUCGAUUCUGUUUGUAUGUUACUUUUUGGACUUAAUAAAAUGUGUUUCCUCUUUUCGGUAUAAGUAGUAAGCAUCCAGAACCAUGGUUUUAAACUAAAUUACAAUACACAAGAGUUGUUUAAAAAUGUCAUUCAACAGACAUCACCAUCUCAAAAUGUAAUACUUCUAACUUGAUUUCCAUUCACUAAAACAAAGUGUCUGAAUUGGAAUGUAUUUCUGAUAAUACCAGGGAUUAAUUUUUGAAGAGAAUUAUAAAAUAUACUUUUUGCUGACGUAAUGUUUAAGUAGUUCAUAAUGUGUUGUUUUAUAAACAUUAAUUUAAAAUAUUUGGACUAGUUGCAUUUCUUUCUAACUGUUCAUAUAAUUUGUACAUUGUGUAUUGAAACACUCGCUUUUGACUAUUCUUGGUAUACUUUUUCUUAGAUUUUCGCUGUAUUCACUGAAUUUCAAAGAUACGAGACGUGAAAACCAUCAUGAAAACAAAGAAGCAAAGUAAAAAAUAGAGUAAACUUCUAAAAAUCUCCGAGAACCUGGAGCUCGGUUCCAGAAUGGCAUCUUAUCAGCACACAGUAUUUAAUAGCUAGAUGUGAAUCUUUCAGUCUUUCCCUGUUUGAAAUCAGGAACACAUCAUGCUCAUUUGGUUUCUUAUGAGAACUGUUGAAAUGUGACAGACACAGAUACACCAGUUUAGCCACGAGGAGGUGAUCUAACACAACUGAAUAGUUAAACCGCCUCAUCACAGUUGCACAUAGUGGAUUCUUUUUUCUUUUAGUGCAAGCGCAUUGAUCAUAACUUAUCUGCUUUAUCCUAUCACAGACAUGGAGAAAAAGGAGGAGGAAAUAGAGCAGCUGAAUAUGGAUUGUGAACACUUCAGAGCCCGUCUUGAAACAGCCCAGGCAGAUUGCAUGAGAGAGAAGAAGGAGAAAUUAGACCUCCGCCAGCAGCUGAAUGAAGCCAAGCAGCAGCUCCUGCAGCAAGCAGAGUAUUGCACAGAAAUGGGUGCAGCGGUGUGCACAUUGUUGUGGGGUGUGUCUAGCAAUGAGGAAGCUGUUAAAAGCAUUCUAGGAGGAAGUAAAGCAGUGAAGUUUUUCACAAUCACUGCACAGACCAUGGAGAGCUUUGUGAAGUCGUUAAGUGAAGACAUGAAACAGCAGGAUUUGGAUUCUGAUGAAAAUCAGUUUGUAUUAGCUUUGGCAGGGAUUGUGACAAAUGUGGCUGCGCUGGCAUGUGGCCGUGAGUUCUUGGUGAGCUCAAGUCGUGAAUUACUGGACACAAUGAUGCAUCUCUUGGGACACAUGAAGCCGGGACUCUGUACCAAAUUUAAAGUGCUAAUGCUAAUGUCGCUUUACAAUGUGAGUAUCAACUUGAAAGGCUUGAAGUACAUCAGUGAAAGUCCAGGUUUUAUUCCUUUGCUUUGGUGGCUGUUGAAUGACCCGGAUACAGAAGUUUGUGUUCAUGCUCUGCGGCUCCUGCAGUCUGUGAUUCUGGAGCCAGAAGUAUUAGCCAAGUCAGCCUCCGAGAUGCGUGAUACUUUGCCAUUUCAGCGUAUCAUUGCACUGUCGAGGAGCCGCAAUGCAGAUCUGCAAGCACUUGCAAAAGAACUACUUGAAGAUCUUAAAAUACUUGAGUAUGAAGCAUAGAAGAGCUUUGUGACACCAACUACUUACGUCUUUCCUAUAUUUUUAUGCUGCAAGAGUUGGAGAUGGGCUUGGCUGAAAAAAGCUCUGCCUAAGUUCCUCUGACAAAAUGCUUUUCAGAAAUUCAGUAACCCAACUAACCUAGUACUUGGGGAAAAUGUGUUAGGUUUUGGCUGCCCAAAGAUCUUAGGUGAUCUAGUAGAGAUGGGAAAGUUUUCAUUUCUUUGAGUAGGAUUUUGUUGAUAGUGGGUUUCAAAAAUAAUCCAGGUUGUGCUAUUUAUGAUAUAUAGGGAGUAAAGUCAUUCAUUGAUAAUAUAUAGUUCAUUGCAGUGGUAAAUAAUCCUUUUGGUCCAUCCUUAAGAACUAUUGGACUAGGAGGAAAACUUUGUUGCUUUCCAUAACUCUUCUCUGUUGGAAUGCAUCCCAAGUUCCAGUUUUAUUGUUGUUAUUUCUCAUCUUUCUAUUUUAAUAAAACUUAAAUUCUA